AGGCUGCCGUCUGGACUACUGCACGUCCGUGUUUGAUCACAGUGAAAUAUGCUAACUGAACUUUCAUCGGUGACAGAUUGCUGUUAACCGUCAUUGGAUGAUAACGUCUUUGUAGUAGAAUUUUCGAACAUGGAUUUCAAGAAGAUUCACGAAUUCUUAGAACUAAUUGGGCGAUUAAAACAUAUGAAAAGGACAGGUUGGGUUAUACGCAAUAUAAAUGACCCUGAAACUAUAGCAGGACACAUGUAUCGCAUGGCGAUGAUAUCAUUCUUUGUAGACAACACCGAAAACUUAGACAAAACAAAGAUAAUGCAAAUGGCAUUAAUUCAUGACUUAGCAGAAUGUAUUGUUGGUGAUAUUACACCUUACUGUGGCAUUCCUGUAGAAGAUAAACAUAGAAUGGAAGAUGAAGCCAUGGAGAGCAUCUGUAAACUUAUAGGUGACAAGGGACCUGAAAUGCUGGAAAUGUUCAGGGAAUAUGAGAAACAAGAAUCUCCAGAAGCACAGUAUGUCAAGGAUUUGGAUCGAUUAGACUUAAUUAUGCAAGCUUACGAGUAUGAGAAACGAGAUAACACUCCGGGAAAACUGGAGGAAUUUUUUUCAACUAUAAAUGGAACGAUAAAGCAUCCAUUUAUAUCUCAAAUUGUGGAAGAAAUUAAUGUUCAGAGAAAAGCUUUAUUACCCGUUCAAACUAAUGGUAAACAGUAAAACAUUUUUAAUCUGGAGAAAGUGAUAUGUAAGAGAUAAACAAAGCAAAAGGUAAACCAGAAGAAUUUAUAAUCGUGUUAAGCAUAAGAAUUCCUAUGUUUAAGAAUUAACAGGAGAGUACAUUGUCAUGUACAACGUUCUCCAAAUAUUUGUAACGUGUUACCAAAUAACUGAAGUGCAGGUGCUUCAUCUAGUAAGUAAUCCAUGCAGAUUCACGACAAUGCUCGAUUGGUUAGAGUUAUGCGCGCUCUAAUUCUAAUUCGUAUUGUCGUCUUCUUUAUAACCUUGAUAGUUUAUGAAACGCGAUCAGUAAGGUAGUAUCGUAAUUUAAGUAUCCAGAGCAGAUCUUAUGCAGAUGUUUUAAUUAAAAAACAUUUGCAAUGUUUAUUAGUUAUUUAGUGUAGUAUUCUUGAUUGUUGACAAAUUGCACAGGUAUCCUUUGCUUUACACAGUUUAAUAUGUAACCAAUUUAUCAAAGAAAUACCUGUAAGUAAAAAAACUGACAAGAAUGAAAUACUAUGCGUACCUUACCAACUAGAGAUGCAGAGAACAUCUUUAUAAACUAAAAAUUCUAAGUACAAUUUAAACUUUAGUAAGUGCUCACAAAAGCCGUUUUACACAAUUUUGAUUCAUGCUAGAAUUGUACCUUUAUUGUAUUGAUCCGUGAAUGAUUAUAACAAACUAUUAAAUAAUGGAUUCUACGAAA